GAAAAGAAUAUCUAAAACGCAAACUCAAAAGACAGGGUUUUUAGGGUUUAAGGAUUAUUUGGUUUCUUCCCAUUUCGGACUCUUAACUCAUACCCUUUACCCUUUGCGAAACCAAUAAAGCAUGUGGGCAAUUCGUCGAGCCUCUCCUUCCUUCAAGAAACAAGUGUUCACCGCCGGGCACUCUCGAAUUUGCUCUGCCACUUCAGAAAUAUCAAGUCAAUGUUUGAAAGGAUAUGGUGAUGGGUUUAAAAAGGCUUCCAAUGUUAUUUCAGAUAGACCUCUUGGAUUUAGAGGAUUCCGAGGAAUAACUCAUGGUUUUCUCAGAUUAUUCACGGAAAACCGAAGUUUCUCUUCACUAGCUGGCACAAAGAGCAGCGGAGAGGAGGAUAGUGAUUCAGAUGAUGGGUUUUCAGAGCUUGAAUCUUCUACUGAAGCAAUACAAGAAGCCAACAAAGACGUCGAGUCAGUCUCUGAGCAUGAGCUCUCCGAAGAUGAUGUUGAUGGUGAAGAUGUGGAAGCACCUCGAGAGUUAGAGCUGUCUGAUACUGAGACUGAUGUUAGCAAACGGAAGUCUCCAAGAAAAAGAGUUUCUUCAGCAUUAUACAAUGCUAUUGUGGCUGCACCAGCUUUAUCUGUUCAUAAAAUUAUGGAUAAAUGGGUUGAAGAAGGAAAUGACGUGACACGGGCAGAAGUAGCAGCAGCGAUGCUUAAUCUUCGUAAAAGGCGUAUGUAUGGGAGGGCACUGCAGCUCUCUGAGUGGUUGGAGUCAAAAAAGAAUCUCACUUUUACUGAUAGAGACUAUGCUUCUCGUGUUGAUUUAAUUGCUAAAGUCCGUGGUCUACAAAAGGCAGAAGAUUAUAUUGGGAUGAUACCAAAGUCUUUCAGAGGUGAAGUUAUUUAUCGCACUUUAUUGGCUAAUUGCGUCGCUGAAUGUAAUCUGAAGAAAUCUGAGAAGAUUUUUAACAAAAUGAAGGACCUAGAACUCCCUUUAACAUGCUUUGCUUGCAAUCAGUUGCUCCUUUUAUAUAAGAGGACUGAUAAAAAGAAGAUUGCCGAUGUUCUCUUACUAAUGGAGAAGGAGAAUGUGAAGCCGUCCCUUUUUACUUACAGAACAUUGAUAGAUGCUAAGGGGCAAUGCAAUGACAUAUCUGGAAUGGAGCAAAUUGUUGAGACCAUGAAGGCUGAAGGGAUAGAACCUGAUAUCAACACAAAGAGCAUCUUGGCAAAGCAUUAUGUCUCAGGUGGUCUCAACGAAAAGGCCGAGAAUGUGCUAAAAGAGAUGGAAGGAGGAGAUAUAAAGGAAAAUCGCUGGGCCUGUCGUAGUUUGCUUCCUCUUUAUGCAGCUCUUGGAAAGGCCGACGAAGUUGGUAGAAUCUGGCAAGUUUGUGAGUCUAAUCCUCGGCUAGAUGAAUGUGUGGCUGCUGUUGAAGCUUGGGGAAAACUGCAUAAUAUUAAGGAGGCGGAAGCAGUCUUUGAUAAGAUGGCAGCAAAAUGGGCAACACUCUCAUCGAAGCAUUAUUCAGUUUUAUUGAGAAUUUAUGCGAGUCAUAAGAUGUUGUCGAAAGGAAAGGACCUUGUGAAGCGUAUGUCUGACAGUGGUUGCCGAAUCGGGCCAUUGACUUGGGAUGCCUUAGUCAGACUUUAUGUUGAAGCAGGAGAAGUGGAAAAAGCAGAUUCGAUAUUGCAUAAAGCUGCAGAGCAGAACCGCUUGAGGCCAAUGAUUAAUUCUUAUUUGGUUAUUAUGGAACAAUAUGCAAAGAGAGGUGAUGUUCAUAAUACUGAGAAAAUGUUUCACAGAAUGAGACAAGCUGGAUAUGUUUCCCGAAUUUCGCAGUACCAAUGCCUUAUUCGGGCCUAUAUAAAUGCCAAAGCUCCUUGUUAUGGAAUUGCUGAGAGAAUGAAAGCGGAUAGUGUAUUCCCAAAUAAAGGAUUGGCACACAUGUUGGCUCAGGUUGAUGCAUUCAAGAAGACUGCUGUGUCUGAUUUGUUGGAUUGAUGUAUGUAGCCUAUCUUGUGAUAUCAGUGGUUGUACUAGUCAGUUGUAGGCUCAACACUUUUGAGAUAUCAGCUUCACUAGGUUUUCGUGUUGCUAUUCUUGUUUCUUUACUACAUUUUGUUUUUGAAUAAUUUUGUAUUAAAAGUGGCCAUCUAUUACCUACUGCCGAAGGAAUCUUUGUGAAAAAUCA